AUGGAGGAGCUGGUAGGGCUGCGUGAGGGCUCCUCGGGGAGCCCCGUGACUCUGCAGGAGCUGUGGGGCCCGUGUCCCCGCAUUCGCCGAGGCAUCCGAGGGGGCCUGGAGUGGCUGAAGCAGAAGCUGUUCCGCGUGGGUGAGGACUGGUACUUCCUGAUGACCCUCGGGGUGCUCAUGGCCCUGAUCAGCUACGCCAUGAACUUCGCCAUCGCGCGAGUGGUCCGAGCGCACAAGUGGCUGUACCGGGAGAUUGGGGACAGCCACCUGCUCCGGUACCUCUCCUGGACCGUGUACCCAGUGACCCUCCUCUCCUUCUCCUCCGGCUUCUCCCAGAGCAUCACGCCCUUCUCUGGCGGUUCUGGAAUCCCGGAGCUGAAGACCAUCCUGUCGGGGGUGGUCCUGGAGGACUACCUGGACAUCAAGAACUUCGGGGCCAAGGUGGUGGGCCUCUCCUGCACCCUGGCCGCCGGCAGCACCAUCUUCCUGGGCAAAGUGGGUCCCUUCGUGCACCUGAGUGUGAUGAUUGCCGCCUACCUGGGACGCGUGCGCACCAGGACCAUCGGGGAGCCCCAGAACAAGAGCAAGCAAAACGAAAUGCUGGUGGCGGCAGCGGCAGUGGGCGUGGCCACCGUCUUCGCAGCCCCCUUCAGCGGCGUCCUGUUCAGCAUCGAGGUCAUGUCCUCCCACUUCUCCGUCUGGGAUUACUGGAGGGGCUUCUUCGCCUCCACCUGUGGGGCCUUCAUGUUCCGGCUGCUGGCCGUCUUCAACAGCGAGCAGGAGACCAUCACCUCCCUCUACAAGACCAGCUUCCGCGUGGACGUGCCCUUUGACCUGCCAGAGAUCUUCUUUUUUGUGGCACUGGGGGCCAUCUGCGGCAUCCUGAGCUGCGUCUACCUCUUCUGCCAGCGGAUUUUCCUAGGCUUCGUCAAGACCAAUCGGUUCACCUCCAAACUGCUGGCCACCAGCAAGCCUCUGUACUCGGCCCUGGCCGCCCUGGUCCUGGCCUCCAUCACCUACCCGCCUGGCGUGGGCCGCUUCCUGGCUUCCAGGCUGUCCAUGAGGGAGCUAUUGGACUCCCUGUUCGACAACAACUCCUGGGCACUGAUGAGCCGGAACUCGUCCCCUCCCUGGCCCACGGAGCUUGACCCCCAGAACCUGUGGUUCGAAUGGUACCACCCGCGCUUCACCAUCUUCGGGACCCUCGCCUUCUUCCUCGUCAUGAAGUUCUGGAUGCUGAUCCUGGCCACCACCAUCCCCAUCCCCGCUGGCUACUUCUUGCCCAUAUUUGUUUACGGAGCUGCCAUCGGCCGCCUCCUGGGGGAGGCGCUCUCCGUGGCCUUCCCCGAGGGCAUCGUGUCUGGAGGAGUGGUCAACCCCAUCUUGCCGGGGGGCUAUGCUCUGGCAGGGGCUGCGGCCUUCUCCGGGGCGGUGACACACACCGUCUCCACGGCACUGCUGGCCUUCGAGCUGACGGGUCAGAUUGUGCACGCGCUGCCCGUGCUGAUGGCGGUGUUGGCGGCCAACGCCAUCGCCCAGAGCUGCCAGCCGUCCUUCUACGACGGCACCAUCAUUGUCAAGAAGCUGCCCUACCUGCCGUGGAUUCGGGGCCGCAAAAUCGGCUCCCACCCCGUGACCGUGGAGCACUUCAUGAACUGCACUCUCACCACGCUGGCCAAGGACACGCGGCUAGAGGAGGUGGUCAAGGUCGUGACCUCCACAGACGUGGCCGAGUACCCCCUGGUAGAGAGCACAGAGUCUCAGAUCCUGGUGGGCAUUGUGCCGAGGGCCCCGCUGGUGCAGGCCCUUCAGACCAACCCCCCAUCCUGGGCUCCAGGACAACAGCGGUGUCUCCAGGACAUCUUGGCUGGGGGUUGCCCCAUGGAACCAGUGACCCUGCAGCUGUCCCCAGAGACUUCCCUGCACCAGACGCACAACCUCUUUGAGCUGUUGAACCUUCAGUCCCUCUUCGUGACGUCGCGGGGCAGAGCUGUGGGCUUCGUAUCCUGGGUGGAGUUGAAGAAAGCGAUUUCCAACCUGACAAAUCCACCUGCCCCGAAGUGA